AUGAAUAACCAAGAACUGCCUGGCUACAGACUGCAUCGCGCACUGCCGCUGAAUAUCCAGAAUGUACGCGACAGAACGGUCUCGGAGAGGAUCACAAGAAAUCGGCAAGAUGUUGAGUUCGAAGAACGUUCCAAAUCUUUUGAUGAUAGUGGUCUUGAUGAGCUGAACGAUAUUAUUAACCACAGUUUUUACCUCGGCGAACAAACACCAACGGUUUUGAAGCAGGUAAUUUCGUUUCACAUUUGGUUUUGUUUUUAGGAAUAAAAGGAUUGUGUAUAUGAGUAUUAAAUAGGACUAUUGAUUUUAUAAUGGUUUUUUUGCUUAAAAUGCUUAAAGCUAGCAACAAAAGCGAGUUUUUACUGUUAUAGGCAAUAUUUUUGUGGUUUUAGGUACCGUUUUUGUAAAAUUCAUGUGUUUUUCGAAUAUAAACCUUACUUUUGAAAUUUUAAAACUUACAGUGUAUUUUCAGCAUCUCAGUUUUGGAGAGACUACUUCACAAGACUCUGUUUUCUCUUUUGAAGCUAUUGAAGUUGAGCACAAUAACAAUAAUGCCAAGCUCAAACCUGUAUGGUCGAGAAUGUCCCCACAACCGACGUGUAGUCAAAGAAUGGCGUCACACCCGACGUGUAGUCAAGGAAUGUCGUCACAAAGAAUGCAUGGUCAAAAGGAUUCACCACAAAAGAGGUAUGAUCAAAGAAUCUCGCCGCAAAAGUCUCAGGAUCAGAAGGUGAAGAUUAAAGCGAGCCCAGCGUUGUCGUUGAAGCAAAAAGAAGCGUUGGAACGACGUAGUUUGGCCGAAGGUCUUGAAAUUGUGAAUGAAUCUAAGAAACGAGAUACCAAAAACAACAGUUCAGUCUGGGAGGAUGUGUUGUGUCUUCUGGAUCGAUCAAAGCGCGAUGCAAAGAAGGAAUCAUCAUCUUCUACGGAUUCUACAGCUUCUACAAAGUGUGCCACUUCUCAUUUUGUUGGCAGAGGGUCUUGA